AAAGAGGACGAGGAGGAGGAGAGCGGUCGUCCGGGGUUAGGUUCGGGGGGGUUGGUACGUUUAGGCCAGGCGAUGACUCACGACCCAUCCCAUCUCCCAAAUGCCGCCCGCCCGCCCGCGCUGAGCUAGCUCCAUGGCUUAGGAGGAGGCGGUGGCGAGCGGGGGGAGGGGGACUCUUAUUUUGUUAGGGGGACCGGGCCGAGGCCCUACCGGCCUGGCGGGGCUCGCCCGGAGCCGGGCGUCAUGUCUCAUGCGGCCGAGCCAGCUCGGGACGGCGUAGAGCCCUGCGCGGAGGGCCAUCGAGCAGUGUUCGUGCUGUUGGAAGAGCACAGGCCGGCCAACUCGGCCCAUCUGCUCAGCCUGAACUCUCUGCUUCCGGAAUCUGGGAUUGUUGCUGACAUUGAAUUAGAAAACAUCCUUGAUCCUGACAGUUUCUACGAGCUCAAAAGCCAACCCCUACCCCUCCACUCCAGCCUCCCAAUAUCACUGCAGGCCACACCAGCCACCCCAGCUACACUCUCUGCAUCGUCUUCUGCAGGGGGCUCCAGGACCCCUGCCAUGUCCUCAUCAUCUUCCUCUCGGGUCUUGCUGCGGCAGCAGCUCAUGCGGGCCCAGGCGCAGGAGCAGGAGAGGCGUGAGCGUCGGGAACAGGCUGCAGCUGCUCCUUUCCCCGGUCCUGCACCUGCCUCACCGGCCAUCUCUGUGGUCGGAGUCUCUGCUGGUGGCCACACAUUGGGUCGCCCACCCCCUGCUCAGGUGCCCAGGGAGGUCCUCAAGGUUCAGACCCACCUGGAGAACCCUACACGCUACCACCUUCAGCAAGCUCGUCGGCAGCAGGUGAAACAGUACUUGUCUACCACACUUGGGCCCAAGCUGGCUUCCCAGGCCCUCACCCCACCACCAGGGCCCACCAGUGCCCAGCCACUUCCUGCCCCUGAAACUGCCCAUGCCACUGGCCCCACAGGCAGUGCUCCUAACAGCCCCAUGGCACUGCUCACCAUUGGGUCCAGCUCAGAAAAGGAGAUUGAUGAUGUCAUUGAUGAGAUCAUCAGCCUAGAGUCCAGUUACAACGAUGAGAUGCUCAGCUAUCUGCCUGGAGGCACUGCAGGGCUGCAGCUCCCCAGCACGCUACCUGUGUCAGGGAAUCUGCUUGAUGUGUACAGCAGUCAGGGAGUGGCCACACCAGCCAUCACUGUCAGCAACUCCUGUCCCGCUGAGCUGCCUAAUAUCAAACGGGAGAUAUCUGAGACCGAGGCAAAGGCUCUUUUGAAGGAACGGCAGAAGAAAGACAAUCACAACCUAAUUGAACGACGCAGGCGAUUCAACAUUAACGAUAGGAUCAAAGAGCUGGGCACCCUCAUCCCCAAGUCCAAUGAUCCGGAAAUGCGCUGGAACAAGGGCACCAUCCUAAAGGCGUCUGUGGAUUACAUCCGCAAGUUACAGAAGGAACAGCAGCGCUCCAAAGACCUGGAGAGCCGUCAGCGAUCCCUGGAGCAAGCCAACCGUAGCUUGCAGCUCCGAAUUCAGGAGCUAGAACUGCAGGCCCAGAUCCAUGGUCUGCCAGUACCUCCCACUCCAGGACUGCUCUCCUUGGCUACAACUUCGGCCUCUGACAGCCUCAAGCCAGAGCAGCUAGACAUUGAGGAGGACGGCAGACCCAGCACAUUUCAUGCAGCAGGGGGACCUGCCCAGAAUGCGCCUCAGCAGCAGCCCCCAGCACCACCCUCAGAUGCCCUUCUGGACCUACACUUUCCCAGUGACCACCUGGGGGACCUGGGGGACCCCUUCCACUUGGGGCUGGAGGACAUUCUGAUGGAGGAGGAGGAAGGGGUGGUGGGAGGGCUGUCGGUGGGUGCCCUGUCCCCGCUUCGAGCUGCCUCUGACCCCCUGCUUUCUUCAGUAUCCCCGGCUGUCUCCAAGGCCAGCAGCCGCCGCAGCAGCUUCAGCAUGGAGGAGGAGUCCUGAGCAGGCUUCACCUCUCCCUUGGGACUUCCCACACUCCCAUGAGACUGCCCUAAGAAUUCUGGGGGGAAAAGGAAUUGCAGUCAGGUCCUACCCCCAUAGUAGGCAAAGAGGAGGAAUCAGGUGAAGCCCCACCCCUUUUCCAAGGGAGCGGCCAGGCGAAGGUAUGUCCGAGGCAGGAGAGAGCUGUGAAAUCUCAGUUCAUCCCCUGAGGAACACAGCCUUGCCCCUGCCCCCUGGGCCUAUCUUUGCCUAGGUGAGGGAAGGAGGUAGAAUGAAGUCAUACCUCUGGACCCCAAGGACCUUCCUAAACAGGUCUCUUAAGAAAAGGAGAUGCCAGGAUACUGCUCCAUUCCUCCUCUGGGAAUUGUCGGUCUAGCCUCUCCUGGCACCAGAAGAAAAGUGAAAAUGAUGAAGGUCUCACUCCAGGAGGUUUAAGCCCUACUCUUUCCUCAUGACCUCUGCCUUGCCCUGGCAAGGCACGGAUGGAUGUUAUUCAACCCCUUCCCCAGGGAACCACCCCUUCCCUGUAGGAAGAGCCCAGCACAGUCAUUUCAGGCAUGGAAGAAUCAUUUAGCUCUGAGCUCCCACAUGGAGGACAGAGCCCCACCCAUGGCCCAUAACAGCAUUCCACUGAGCAGGGAGGAGCAGUACCUGAACUCCCCAUCUUAACCUGGGACCAACCUGGAACUUGGUCUAGGAGGGCUCUGAGCAGCCCUUGUUCUUGGGGAAGGGAGCAGAUCUUGAAAUCUUGUGGAUUGACUUUCCAGCCCUAAGUCAGGAGGGAGACGUAGACCCUCACUCUUGGGAAGAUCUCGCCUUUUCUUUCUCGAAGGCCAGGUUGGGGAGCUGAUAGGGAUUAGUGGGGACCCAGUCUAGCUGCCCAAAACUUUACUACUCCUAAUACUUUUCUCCCACUUAUAGAAAAUAGUUUUAAAGAAAGGGGGACAUGCAGGCUAUUUCCUAGCCCAGGAAAAAGAAGUCUCCCUUCUAAAGCAGGGGCUUAGAGGCAAGGUGGCAAGAGUAUAUUGUACCCCCUCAUUUGUUUAUGUGAUUUUUUUCUUAUCGACCCCCCUGCCCCCAGAAGCUCGGUCAACCCUGACCUCUGCCCCCACCUCCAUUUGGACGAUUCCCUCUAUUUCAUUUACAAGAGCCAGUCUCCACCCAUCCCCACUCUUCCUACCACCUACACCCAAGGUCUUCAGCUUUAGAUUGCUGGGGCCAGGCCCCAAGGAGGGUGUACUGAGGGGUCUGUAGGUUGUGACUAAAAUAAUAAAUGCUAGGCGUGUUUGAUGCGCUUUUAACUUUGGCAA